AUGACCACUUUCGAAUCGUUGCCAAAUGAAAUCGUGCUAUCUAUAUUUUAUUAUCUUAACAGCUUCGAUAUAUUUCGUGCAUUCUAUGCACUCAAUUUUCGUUUCAACCAACUCCUUUACAAUCAACACGAUGCCCAUUGUAUUAUCUUCGAUUCCGUGUCAAAACGUUCGUUUGAUAUGGUUUGUCAACGAUAUCUUCCAUUCAUGACUGAUCGAGUUGUAUCUCUACAUCUCAAUAAUGAAGGAAGUACUCCUGGGCAAAUUGAUCUUUUUCGACUAUACAUACCGUCAUUGACUUCAUUUACUCAUCUACGAUCACUUACAUUUCGUUUUAUUCAUUCGUCUGAAAUGUUAAUGGACGUUGUCAACGAAUGCCAUCAACUUCCUCAUCUUCUUCUUUUGAGAUUCUACUGUUGUCGAUUGAAAGACAAUCAAACAAAUAUGCAAUGGAUUGCUGAUAAUAUAUGGAGUUUACCAAUGCUGACUCACUGUACUUUUGAUAUUCAUAUUGGCGGACAGCGCUCUUUUUGUCUGCCGAAAGUCGUCUCAUCAUCUAUAGAAUAUCUCUAUAUGUGCAUUGAAAAUCGUGUAGAAGCAAAUCAAAUUCGUCGGUUGAUUGAACGAACACCUUGUCUCAGACAUCUGUCGGCUUACGUCGAUUUCACUCUAGAUGACAAUCGUGCGUUACCCUCAUGUUCGAUCAUGACUGAUUUAGACAUGAUCAUUAGCAUAUCUCCCACAAUCGAACAAAUGAACCGUUUCACACGAAGUUUCUCAAAUUUACAUCGGCUGAAUGUCUAUAUGUGGUUCACCAUCAUUGAUGGACAUCAAUGGGAAGAGAUGAUCAGCAAUUAUUUACCCAAUCUUCAAGUGCUUGGACUAAAGAUGAGAAAUAUGCACGAUGAGAACGGUAACAUGGAAGAAAAAGCUGAUGAAUUGAUUAGUUCGUUUCAAAGUUCAUUUUGGAUUUAUACACACCAGUGGUAUGUUCGAUGCAUCAUAUUCAAUCAUACGAUCUUUCUUCAUACCUUACAGAAUAUAUCUCUCAGUUGGAAUGAGAUCAUUCCUGGUUCAUUCAAAUCGACUUAUCCGCAAGACAACCUACAGAAACUCUAUGAUUCGAUCACUGACAUAUACACAAAAACUAUUAUUAUCUCCAUGUCAGCGUCCGCCAAUGUUCGUUUGUAUAACAUCAAGAAUCUCAAUGUAGGAUUGCCGAUUUAUGAUCAAUUUUGGUCUUUUGUUCCGAGUCUAUGUCGAUUGAAAUCGUUAAGCAUAUCAUCUUAUUCAGAUAGAUACCAAAAUGAUCUACAAAUUCUAUUUGAUCGAGCUCCCAAUCUAUAUUAUCUAAACGUUUAUCAAGAUAAACCAUCACCGUCAUACAUUUCGCUAUUUAAAUGUAAAUCUCCGUCAAUUCGUCAUGUUUGCCUUCGAUAUUAUGUUCGCAAAUGCAAUUAUUUUUUUACGAAAGAUGACUGUCGAGUAUUGUGUCAUUCAUCAUUGGGUAAUCAAUGUGAAAAACUGACAAUGUGUAUCAGGAAUCGUGACGAUGUUAUGUAUUUAGCUGAAAACUUGACGAGUAUUUUCUUUCUUGAAAUCGAAUGUGGAGAUGAUAAGCAUUCUCCAACGUCAACGUUGGAGAGAAACAACGAUGCAUUUGUUCGUUGGUUAAAAGAACGUUUAUCUUCGAAAACUCUAAUUACACGAGAUCCGAGUCUUGGCCGAACUGUACGAUUAUGGAUGUAA